GAGCACACAGCCGCUGGCGGCCGACGUUCACAGGUAGCACUACCAUGCCGUCCGAGCGCGGUGUUGCCUUUCUUUCAUCACGGCUCGUAGUUGACGUCGCGACGUCGGCUGUGCUCGUAGUUGACGUCGGCUGUGGUUGGAUUAUGGGAUGUUAUAACCUCACUUACUUAACCUAAAGAAUCAUUCACUGCUCCGAUAUUAUUUUUGAUAGAAAAUUGUAUUUAUUAUUUACGUUAUUCAUUAUAUAAGCCAGAAUGGUGUUUAAAAUUAUAAGAAAGAAUAUUAUGAUCGUAUUAUAUCACAAUUCCAAAUCUAGAGAGUUCAAAAACCUCAGAACAUACGGUUCGGUAUUCGUAGGAGCCAUGGCACUCUUUUCAACCAAAGUGGAGACAAAAGAAUUCAUGGCAGACCCGAUUACGCCUUGGGAUAAACUCCGAAAAAAUCCAAAUUCAAUGAAGGCAAAAAUGGAACUUAUGAUUAUGAAAGUGCAGAAAGAUUUCUGUAGAGCUUUAGAAAAGGAAGAAGAUUCUGAGUUCAAGUUUCUUGUUGACAGGUAGGUACGAAGUGUUAUUAUUGAAAUUCCACUACAGAAUAUUUUCAAUAAAUUGAAGGGCACAUGCACCAUGUGAGAAUAUAAAAAAGUCCAUAUAAAUAUAUAGGAUCAAAAUAAUGGGACGAAUUUUGCUUCAUAGAGCUGUAUUAUCAAGGGUUACAUCAACAUAUACAAAAUAAUUGUUUCUUAAAGCACAUACAGCAGUGGCAUUCAUGCUAGCAAGAUUAUGUUCAGAAAAACCAUACAACUGAUUUUUGCAAAACAAUGUCAUUAUCUUAAAUCUAUCAAUCAAUAAGCUUUAUUUCCAAAAAUACAAAAGAAAUAAUGUUUUACCUCACCAACCAGGGACAGAAAAAAUUAGUCUCAAAGUCAUUUUUAUAUAAUUGUCUAGCAGAUUUGGUCCUUGACAUGUUAGUUAAGCCUGUUGUAUUUGGAAGUUUAAAUAUUCAGCUGCGUUGUUCCCAAACUGAAAAUUGUUUUAUUGACCAACAUUCAAAUCUGUUUACUCUGAUUAAGAAAUAGAGUAAUCGGUAUGUUACUUUCUUUCAACAAACAAUGAACAACUCUAUGAGACAGCAAGCAGAAUCAAUAUGGCUUUGACAAAAUGUCACUUUUGCAAAACCCAAUAGUAUAUACAAUUGUUUGCAAAACAUAAAGUUCAACCAUCUUGUAUUAUAAUAAUGAAGCAUUUACAGACCCAUGUUUAUAAAAUCUAACAUGCUGAAUCUCCCUUCCAUUUUUUGUGAUAAUGUGCUGUGCAGAAUAUUUUGUAUAUGAUGUAGGUGGGAACGUAAGGAAGGAGGUGGUGGAAUAACAUGUGUCCUUCAAGAAGGCAAAGUCUUUGAAAAGGCAGGUGUCAACAUUUCUGUGGUGUCAGGAACAUUGCCAAAAGCUGCUGUUGCACAGAUGAGAUCUAGGGGCAAAAAUUUAUCAGAUGGAAACCUACCUUUCUUUGCUGCUGGUAUCAGCGCUGUGAUCCAUCCAUCAAACCCAUUGGUGCCGACAAUUCACUUCAACUAUCGAUAUUUUGAAGUGGAAGAUGGAAAAGAAACCCAGUGGUGGUUUGGAGGUGGUACCGACUUAACGCCGUACUACCUGAACUCGGCUGACGCUGUACACUUCCACAGAACCUUGAAGGAUGCCUGUGAUAAGCAUGACAACAGUUACUAUCCUAGGUUUAAAAAAUGGUGUGAUGAUUACUUCAACAUACCUCACAGAGGAGAAAGAAGAGGAGUAGGAGGUAUAUUUUUCGAUGAUUUAGAUUCCCCUAAUCAAACUGCUUGUUUUGAGUUUGUGAAAGAUUGCGCAAACGCUGUGAUACCUUCUUAUAUUCCACUAGGUGUCACCGUCAUUAGAAAAAUGGAACUCAACCGAGAACAUUUUCGCGCCAUAAUUUAUUACAACUUUCAGAGGCAAUUAUCGCAACAAGAAAGCCUUGCUGAGUUACUGUCUGUUUUCGGCAACGAAGCGCCACAUCAGUCGACAAUUUCCCGUUGGUAUGGAGAAUUCAAACGAGGACGGUUCAGAGACAUAAGUUUACAAAAUACACGGAAGUAGAAAGGGAGUGGCAGUUGUUACGAAGAGGUAGAUAUGUGGAGUUUAACUUAAUUUACGAUAGAGGAACAAAGUUCGGCCUUUACACGCCUGGUGCAAGAUAUGAAAGUAUAUUGAUGUCUCUACCUUUAUAUGCUAGGUGGGAAUAUAUGCACACACCUGAAGAAAACACCCCAGAAUACGAGCUAGUCCAGGUACUGAGGAAACCUAAAGAUUGGUUGAAGUUGAUAAAUGAAAAAGACAAUGAUUCGUAGAUUUAUGUAUUUGUUAAAUAAACAUUUUAUUACAGAU